AUGCAUGUAACUGUUUGUCACGAAAGCAGUUUUUUAUCAACAUUAAUUCCAGUAAGUCUCUGGAGCACUUUGUACAUCUUCCGAUUCAGUGUACCCUAUCCAGCUGGAAUGUGGGACGAGUUGCACGUGCAAAUCAUGUUCGAACGACGGUUUGUAUGGUACUUCAUGCAAGCUUAUUUACCCACAUACCUCACUAUAUUAAUAAGCUGGAUAUCUUUUGCUCUUGGUCCACGGGCAAUUCCUGCACGAACAAUGCUGGGAGUUAAUGCUUUGCUUGCCAUGAUCUUUCAAUUUGGCAAUAUUAUGCGAAAUCUACCUCGAGUAUCUUAUAUUAAAGCAAUUGGUAAGCGAUUUUCUGUAUAUCAAGGACAAAAGUGCUAACG